AUGCUGGAAAAACUCAGAGAAGAGCUUACCGCCGUCGAUUUAAAGCUAUUGGAAUUGGUGGCGAAGCGCCAACAAAUCGUAGCUGAAAUCGGCAAGAGCAAGCGCGAUGUUGGUCGCGCCACACGGGACUUCGAGCGGGAGAAACGUGUGAUUGACACAGCCCGCAAGAAGGCUGACGAACUAGGGUUAUCAGCCGAUCUGGCCCAGCAAAUGAUGCAACUACUAAUUGGUGUUUCGCUGGAAAAGCAGGAGCGAGACAGCUUAGCUCACGCCACUGACGAUGGUAAGCGACGGGCCUUGAUUAUCGGCGGGGCGGGACAAAUGGGCCGUUGGUUCGCUGACUUUCUGGCCUCCCAGGGAAUCAGCGUCAGUAUUGCCGACCCAAGUCCGGAGCCGUUGCCGUUCGAUCGCGAGCAACAGUGGCAGUCACAAGUGGAUGUCUAUGACUUGAUCGUCGUUGCUGCCCCAAUAAAGAUCAGCGCCGCAGUGCUGACAGAGUUAGGUUCGCUUCGGCCGUCCGCACUGAUUUUUGAUAUCAGCUCGCUCAAGAGCCCUCUGCGCGAACCACUCAGAGCACUGGCGGACGCCGGCUGCAAAGUCACCUCGGUGCAUCCGAUGUUUGGCCCGGAUACCAGACUGCUCACUGGUCGCCAUGUAAUUUUUAGCGAUGUCGGCAAUGCCGAGGCGGUGGCCGAGGCGCGCGCGCUGUUCGCACCAACAAUGGCCGAACAAGUGACCAUGAGUCUGGAAGAUCACGACCGUUUGAUCGGCUACGUCUUGGGUCUGUCACAUGCCUUGAAUAUCGCGUUCUUUACCGCCCUGCGAGAAUCCGGUGAAGCUGCCGGCGAGCUGGCAAAAAUGUCCAGCACAACCUUUGAUGCCCAAUUGGCUAUUGCCGGCAACGUGGCCGACGAGAACCCGCAUAUGUACUACGAGAUCCAGCGUCUGAAUGACUAUCGAUCUGCGCCACUGUCGGCACUGAGAAGCGCCAUCAAUCGAUUGGUCAACCUCAUUGAAAAUGGCGACGAAGCGGGUUUCGUCAAACUCAUGCAGGGUGGUCGUAGCUACCUGGAACAGCGCGCAACCCAGUGA